AUGGAUGCUCUACAAAGUAAUUAUUUGAUACCUCGUCCUCUGACUCUUGACUGUUUCGAAGAAAUCAUAGGAUACCUAAUUGAUGAUCCCGGAAGCCUCUAUUCAUGUCUCCUGGUAAACCGACUUUGGUGUAGAAUCGCCAUUCCACUUUUAUGGAGUCAUCCUUUUGAACAUUAUGCAUUCGGGGAAUCCGCGGCAGAUAUCAUUCAAAUAUACAUCUCCUGUCUACCUGAGGACGAGAGACAAUUCCUGAUUGAUGAAGGACUGAAACUUCCUCCCCCAUCUAGCCCUUUAUUUGAUUAUCCAAAAUAUUUACAGAGCUUUGAGUCGGCUCGCUUUACGGGAGCUGUCAUGUCGUGGCUAUCCUCAGGGGUCAAGUCAUGGCUUUCGCUUGUAGAAGAGCAGGGGUCAGACAUACAUGUGGACACUUAUAUUAUUCAGACUGUCAUUGGAAGUCUAUUGUUUAGUCGUAGCAAGGGUUUAAAAGAUUUGGAAAUUGUUUACUUUGACGAGGAUGAUGAUUCCCUAAUCUCAGACAUCAUCUCGUUCGAUAAUGCUGGCGGAGCUUUGUCAAGGCUUGAAAAGUUUGUAUUUGAUUAUUCAAGUUUGGAAGAGCAGGGAGACAAGCACUUGGGGAUAAUUUCAAAUCUUUUUAAUUUCAUGUCUCAGUGCACUCGCAACAUUCAAGACAUUCGCAUAGACAUUGACAUCCCAUUUGAUCAGGAUAUGGUGAUUUCGGAGGUAGCACAGAGUUUUGCUCGACUGAUUAAAGCCCAAAAGGCUUUAAAAGUGUUGAAUAUAUUAAAAUUUUGGAGGCCAGAAAUCGUGUCAUUUAUCUUUGAAACGUUGACUAGUCAAACGAAUACCCUGACAUAUUUAGAAGUUCAUGAGUUAUACCAGGGUCAAUUUCAAUCAUUGUUGGACAUUUUACCAUCUCUCACAAAUUUGGAGACCUUGCAAUUUCAUGGUUUCAGCGGGAACGACGGCGAAAACAUGAAAGUUAACAUAAGCGCAACAGGUCCCAUCAAUAUUAAACAUUUACAUUACAAGGCAAAUAAAUUUCAAGUGGACAUUUUUAAUCUCAUGGAUCCACUCUUGCAAAUGGCAGGUGGAAAUUUGAGGACAUUAUCAUUGGAGUGCGUUACUUCCGAAAUCGUUUUGCUCAUCGGUCGAAACUGCCCGAAUCUUACGCACUUAUCCUUAUCAUUAACGACACAGGAAAUUCCAGAGUCCGUUUCUGAACUUCUUUCCUCCAUGACUAACCUUCAACACUUUUCACUCUACAUCUAUUCUUCGGAUCCUCCUUUUGCAACGACGGAAAAUCUAUUACAAUUCUCACUUUCGAUACCGCCUAGUUUACUUUAUUUUGGUUUUUACCUAGCGAUCACCCCCUACAUCUUGGAAUACUUUUUAAGAAACUGCAGGGCAAAACUCCAAGUGCUGACCAUCCACAAAUAUGAUAACAAUUUAUUACCAGUUAUAACAAAUUAUGCGUCGGAAUAUGGAUGCUUGAAGAAAUUGUUGAUCGACCUUGACGCAUACCAUGAUGAAUCAUCAUUAUCAGAGAUCAUAGAGGAGGCAAAGAAAGUCAUACCUAUUGUUGAUAAUAUCAUUGAAACGUCUUAUCCUUUUUCGGGGCCAUAUCCAGAGACAUAUGUAGAUUUAUGGAACAGAAAUAUCACCGUACCUUCGUGA